UCUAUUUCCUUACUUCCUCUUGACAUAUUUGCUUUAACUUUCAGAUUCGUACCUCAUCUCAUAAUCUUCAUAAUAUAUCAGCCGGUCCAACGUAGUCCAGCCAUCCAAUUCUAUUUUAAUUUUUAAGCUAAUCGUUUUAUUUUGAAUUUGGUCGGGAGAAAAAUGUUGCAAUUACGUUCCCAGUUAAUGUCGUCCUGCAAAGGGCUCGCAGGGACAUUUGCAAAACGUUUCGCACACGUAGAACGCAAAGUCAAAGUAAAUGAUCUUGAAAUCAACAUUGUGGUAAGCGGAAAGGGUGAUAAAAGUGUUUUACUUAUGCCCGGAGCAUUAGGAUCGGCAUGGACAGAUUUCAAGCCUCAAAUAGAGCACUUACCAAAAUUACUGCCCAAUUACACAGUUAUUGCUUGGGAUCCUCCUGGCUAUGGUAAAUCUAUCCCACCUAAGAGACAGUGGGGCUUGGAUUUCUUUAACAAUGAUGCUAGCUGCGCAUUGGAUUUGAUGAAAACUCUUGGUAGGCCCAAGUUUUCAAUAGUGGGUUGGAGUGAUGGUGGUAUUACUGGUCUAAUUGCGGCUGGCCGCUACACUGACAACGUAGAAAAGUUGAUUAUUUGGGGUGCUGGUGCUUAUUUGGUGCCCGAAGAAGUAGAAGCCUUCAAGAACAUACGUGACGUCAGCAAGUGGUCAGCGCGUAUGCGUGAACCCAUGGAAAUGGUUUACGGUGUCGACAGAUUUGCAGAACUCUGGGGUGAAUGGGUGGAUGCAGCAACUGCCUUUUAUACCGAUCGCAAUGGCGACUUUUGCAAAGAAGAAGUUGAAAAAAUCAAAGCACCCACAUUCAUUUUGCAUGGCAAAAAAGAUCCAAUGAUUGCCGCAGAACAUAUUCCAUACCUGAAGGAACGUCUCAAGGACGUAAGAUAUCAUGAGUUUCCAGAAGGCAAACAUAACAUCCAUUUACGCUACGCUGAAGAAUUUAAUAAACUUGUGGCCGGCUUCUUGUUGGAAAAGUAAAACGAUUUGAGAGCAACAAACACAAUACGACCAUAGUUUGUGAAAUUGUAAAAUUUAAAUGUUCGUUUAAAUUAACAAAAAGAUUAUGUAAAUUGUUGUAACUGUAAUAUUGUAAAUAAAGUGCCAUUAUAAAAUA